AUGGCUGAAACUGCUAUCGACGUUGCUGCCACGGCCCCUGCCGUCGUCGCCUCUCCGCCAGCUGCCAAAGCACCACCGAAGCAGGCGGCCAAGGCUAGCAAGAGUGACGCCAAGAAACCGAAAAAAUCUUCAACCCAUCCACCAGUGAGUGAGAUGGUUCUGGCUGCCAUCCGGACCCUGAAGGAACGGAGCGGAUCAUCACUGCAGGCGAUCAAAAAGUACAUCGCCGUCAACUACAUGUGUGACGUCGCCAGGCUGGCUCCGUUUAUCCGGAAGGCUUUGAAAACGGGUGUCGAGAAGGGAAACAUCACCCAGACCAAGGGUACCGGUGCUUCCGGAUCGUUUAAGGUGACGGUCGAAGCAAAGAAACCGGCUGGCGAUAAGAAACCACCAUCGGGUGCAGCGAAAAAACCGAAGAAAUCGGCUACUAAAUCCGGGGAGAAGAAAAAUCCGCCGGCUGGUGGUGGUGAGAAGACCAGCAAGCCCAAGGCGGCGAUCGCGGCCGCUAAGAAAUCGGCUACGAAGAAAGCGAAAGCUGCUGCCCCUGCAAAGGCGGUAACGGCUGCCAUUAAACAGAAAGCCACCAAACCAUCGAAGCUUGAGCAGCACACCCGCAUUCAACUGGCCCGCCGAUUGGCAAGAUAA